CACCAAAAAACACACCCAAACCAACUUUAGGCAAGCAAGAAACAGCAGCAGCAACCCGGGAAGCCUAGAAUUGGAAAGCAAUAGCCAGCCCGCUUUCCCCAACUGUACCGCGCCGCCUCUUGAUUUUCAGACGCAUCUCUUCCCCCGAACCCGAACGUUGAAAUAAAUCAAAACACAAACAACGAAAAAAACAAUUUUCACCGACAAACAUCCUCGACGCGCGCAAUCCUAUUUUUACGUUCCGAAACGACAACAACUUUACUUCGUCGCCUGUAACGAUUAGCCGAAUUAUCAAUACAGAUAAAAAUAUCAACUUCGCGCGCAUAAAUACAUACAAUGGCUGGCGGAAAAGGCAAAUCAGCCGGAGGGAAGAGCUCUGGUGGAAAGACCUCUGCUGCUGAGGCACCCAAGAAGCAGCAAAGCCAUUCUGCUCGCGCCGGACUUCAGUUCCCUUGUGGUCGUGUCAAGCGUUUCUUGAAGCAAAACACUCAAAACAAGAUGCGCGUCGGUGCCAAGGCUGCUGUCUACGUUACUGCUGUCCUAGAGUAUCUAACUGCUGAAGUACUCGAACUUGCAGGAAAUGCCGCCAAGGAUCUCAAGGUCAAGCGUAUCACCCCUCGCCAUCUCCAACUCGCUAUCCGUGGUGACGAAGAACUGGACACCCUAAUUCGUGCAACCAUCGCAUUUGGCGGUGUCUUACCCCACAUCAACCGUGCGUUGUUACUCAAGGUUGAACAGAAGAAGAAGAACAAGGCAAUCGAGGCAUAAACUACUUGCCAACCUCUGUAUUCGAAUCGUUCUCGUCGUCUUUACGCUUUUUCGUUUCUCGGUGUUCUUGUUACGUGGAACGAGUUUUUUCUGUCUGGGGAUGGGCAGCGCAGGUCUCAUGACCUAGGAUGGUUGAUAUGACGAAUUUUCCGGGCUCCUAAUUAUGGAUUACGGUCGAGUUUAAGUCUGCUGGCUCUUGAGUUUA